AGUGUGCCCCAGGGGUGCAUUGAAAAGAGCGUAUGUGUAUUUUUUAUCUGCUCGCUCAAUAAAGUGAUAAAACGGAAAAACGCAGCUUUGUAAUCCCGCAACUCGCCACUACGAUGCCUGCAGAGUUUAGGGCUCUAGCAAUUUGAUAUUGGAAGCGAGAUUUGUUUCGUUCCAGUAGGGAAUGGACGCAAUACUAGAGUGAACGGCGGUGCCCUACUAUCAUGCCCAUGUCCCUGCAAACCGUCUCGGCCCCGGCUCCAGUGCCGGCAGCUCUGCCGGCUACUUUGUCGGUCAGUGCCUCCAGCACCCAGAUGCUGCGCCCCCAGACGCUCGCCGGCCCCGAGCGGGAGCCGAUCGAAUUUAACAUCAACCUGGUUGGAGCUCCGCCCGAGGUGGAGCAGCUGGUGGAACAGAUCAAGAGUGUGGCCGAGCAGUUCCUCUACCACUGGAAGAGCUUUCCCAUCGUUCUUCCCCAGGCGCUGGCCAGCAGUGGUCUGAAUCUGACGGCCAGGAACGCGACCAACAGCGUGAGCAGCCGCAAAACGCGACCCAUUAAUCUGCGCGACCUAUUCAUAGCUCCUCCCUUCGACGAACUAGACGCAGUGGCCUCAGACGGAAGUGGAGAGCCUCGCCGGUUGACAAGCGCCCAGCUGAAAACUCUACGGGAAACUGGCUUGCAAAAGGAUAAAUAUGGAAAGCCGAAGAAAUUAACUUUGGAACAAUUGGAAACUAUACGUAAAAAUGGCGAGUUCGAUGUGCCCAGUCUGCACUUUCCUGGCCAGGUGCACAAGUGGCGUCUGUCCCAAUUGCUGCAGAAGGGAAAGCUGCGUGCCCAGGAUUCCUUUCUAAGCGACCUGGCCCUAGCUGCUCGCUUUGUCGUGGUCACGGCCCGAGCCCGGAUCUUUUCCCACUUCUUCUCCGUGGUGCAGGCCAUGCACGGGCUGCUGGGAGCAUUUACCAAGCUGGCGGACAUGUUUAUCGGGGUUCCGGCUCUAUUGGCCCACAACCUGGACUACAAGAUAAAGGAGGAGCGCUGCAGGUUUCUCAUAGCCGAGUUAGUCUGUCGGCCCGAAUUUGAGGAUUGUCUGGAUGGUCUGUGCUCGUAUGUCCGAAAGAUGCUUCGACGCGCCACUAUGGAGAAGUUCGACUUCAACAGCUGCGAGGUCAGCCAGCCAGUGCCGUACCUCUUCCUCACGCCCAAGGGACAGGAGAUCGACUUGCGCCUGUUCUGCCGCGACAUCAUGCGCAAGGCGCUGCCCAUUCUGAUUGGCAUCCUGGAGAGGGAGACGCGCGGCUGGUUCCUGCAUUUCCGCGAGCGUCUGAUUGCCGAGCUGCGGGCUAAGAAGCUAAACGACAAGGAAAUCGAGGAGGAGGUCAACGAGGCUGUUAUGAAGGAGUAUUUGCAGCGUGUCUACAGCUCUAUAGUGUCCAACACCAAGUUGGCGGAGCUGGGCGCCGGAGUGCCGGAACUCCUGGUGCAGCAGGCCCAGUCGGUGGUGAUUAUGUACAAGGCAGUGGACAAGGUGGAGCAGAAUAUCAAGCGCACCCGCGAGGACCACCAAAAGUGUCUGGCUAAUGAUCAUUCCGUGCUGUCCCGGGUGGCUCCCUGGCUGCGCUCCAAGCUUCGCCACGCUGAGGAGAACCGGCUGCACAAGAGUGCAUGGUCAGCCCACGAAGAGGCGCUGAAGAUGUGCACCCAGCACAACUUGCACCAGACGGCUUACUUCUUGUCCCGCGACCUGGCCUUCAUGAAGGAACGUGAACCUGUGCUUCUCAAGGAGUUGAAGAACGCCAAGACUCCCACGCGCAGCUUUCAGUGGGCCUGUCGCAUCUGGUCGCCGCAGUCGUGGAUCAUCCGUCGCAACUUCCAGGGCCAGUCGGACGUGAUUCCCACGGUUAUCAGCCAGCAUGCCACCAGCAUCGUGACUCCCCGCUCGGACCCCAGCCAGCCGGUAUUUUUAGUGGAGAAGGAGAUUAUCCGCACAACGAGCACCCGCUGGCCCUUCUGGCGCCUACUGAACAUGAUCCAGCGCAUCUGGUGUUGGUCCUGGAACAUGAUGUUCCUGCUGGGCAUCCUCGUUCCGUGGUGCAGUCCGCUAGGACUGCGUGCCCUCUGCUGUGUGAAACCCUUCAUGCCCGACCUGGAACUUUCGCAGAUCAACGGCACACUGUUCCCAAGGAAGACGAGUAUCACCCAGACGUUGGCCUCGCGGCUAAUCGAGUUGUGGCGUCACAUAUCAAAGUCGCGCACGCACUUCGAGACGGAACCGGAUACGGGCUUCAUUGGCAAGGGACUGACACGCAACCUGAAUCGAACUUGGAACUACUUUGUGAAAGGAUUCCUAGGCACCAUUGUCAUCUUGUUCGCUUUUCCGCUUAUCUGCUUGUCCGCCAGCCUGCUGAGCAUUGGUCUGGCUGUGACUGCACCCCUGUGGAUUCCCGUAUUUGUCCUGCUGCUCCACAUUUACAUGAUCCUCGUAUAUGAUUUGGAUGCGCCUGAUAACACGAAAAACCGAUACUGCAUUUUGCUGGAGGCUAUUGUUUGGAAUCUUCUCAUUCAAGGAGUGCUGCAGCCGGUGGCGGCGGUUCUAAUGGCCACGUUGAUCUGUCCAUUGGCAGCGGGAGUCGUUUUUAUCGUGGGAGUCCUUCGCUAUUCACUUCGCCUCGUCUGGGACUCGCUCACCUACCAUCUGUUCAUUAAGAAGUGUGGACGUGUGCCGGCCUCGGAUAGCAUUGCUGUAAAGCGAAUCGCUGGACCCGGACUGGCACUUGACUAUUACUUCAUUAUCCGACCAGAGCAGGCUUUGGCGGCGCUAGAGGCUAAAAUGGAACUGGACGAGCUGCAGGCCUACCAGCACGCCACGGAGCGAGUGGUCCUGCAGCCACAGCACGAUUUCCUUCAGUUUGUCGAGGCUUGCUUUGGUCCGUUUUCCGCCCAAAUUAGUAAAACCGGUCCCUACUUGUCGCUGGACCGUGAGGCGCAGGAUCUGAUGAGUACGCUCCACGAGAAACUGGAAAAGCGGCGAAGGGAGCUGCAGACGGCGCUGACCACUCAGGUCAAAUCGCGCAUCAAGCUGAAUACCAAAGAAUUGAAGAUUGCUAUACAACUGGCCGCCCAUAUUUUAGAGAAGUAUUAUCCGUCUCAUGUCAUCGGCAGGUUGUCGAUUAGCGAAGAAGAGUUCUGGGAUAAUAAGGGUCUCACGGUGAACGACUGGCCCGGACUAGCUGGUCUUAUAUACACCGACAUAUUUAGUUUAGAUUUUCUAACGCCAUUGACUGAAAACGAUACACAUUUUAAACUAGAACCACAUGCCUCGCUCGAUCUGACGCGUUAUACAGAGAUGGUCAAGAAUGCGAAUGAUGUGAUAGGCUCCAAAGGCCUGGAUCUGCUCGGCAAUGUGUAUGCGCCGCGUGGCAAUGUCCAGGUGCACCUGCCCUUCCUCGAGGUGACCGCAUUCAAUCCACGCUCUCGAAUAACGCUCACCUUCCGCAAGCCAGAGAAACGGGAUAUGUCCGUUGGAUUGACCACACCAAGGGUGCGUGCCCAUCGAGCCCAGCAUGUGCCGAAGACGCCUCAAGAUGCCCAGAAGGCCUGGCGACCGUGGAAGCAAAAAUGCGGGGAGAAGAGCGUGACGGAAAAGCUCCUCAUUCCGCUGCCAGUGCCCCAUCCAGUACACAUUGCCAUCGCCAUCUACAAUCGCGACACCGAGUUGCCCAUUCCCUUGGACUCGGAGCUUGUCUGGGAGAUCCUCAAGUCGAUCGAAGACUGUCAAGGCGGCGAUGCCAUUGCUGUUCAGGCUGCGGCGCGAUACCGGGGAGCGGUUAUUGAAUCCAGCAAUGACUCACUGGCCACCAGCAGCAGCAUAGGCAGCACCCGUGACUCGGGAUCCGGCUCUGUGUCAGGGUCUGCCUUGGGCAACGGCACAGAGACCUUACCCUGUGGCAAUCGCGAGGUUUGCACACAGGUGAAAGUGGACGCCGAACCGGCUGCAAGCUCUUCUGGAUUUCAUUGGACUCUGAGCAACUGGGGCGCUGCGCAAACAGCCCGACGUCGAACAAACUCGAAUGUGCGCGUGGACUUGGCCAGUCCCGAAGAUAUAUCCCUGGAUACGGAUAGUUCUCGAGCCGUCUUUAACAAUGCGUACGGCACAACGGUCUAACAGGCUUUCGGUGGUUCGGGCACACAAGUAUAUAUUAACCUAUCAACACACGUAGAUUUAUUCGUGGCUGCUCGCUUUUAAGAAAAGAAUGCAUAACCCGUUUUAUCGAAUGAAGUCUCGAAUAUGGUCCAGGCAACGUAACAUUUUGGGAGGGAACCGAUUGUUCAGAAAAGAAUUCGAACCACAUUUAAAAGAAUACUUUUUGAAGAAUUUAGAAACUGUCUGUGAGUGGUACAUUUGUGAAUCAGAUGCCUCAUCUGUUUGCAUCCAGGGAACAAUCGAAAGUAUUUAAAUGUUUUCCCUUCUCAAUACAAAAUCCCAGGCAGCCGCGUAGUUAAUGUGUAAUAAGAACAAAUUUAUCCAUCUAACUAUAUUUACGUAUGCGUAUAUGAUAUACAUAUAUGGUUCGAUAGUAUACACCGCAUAGGCGAGUCGAAAAGCAACAAACUUCAAUCUAGUCGCAAGCUAACUUUAUGCAGCAAUCUAAUUCGAUUUCUUACGCAACUUAUAAGAAUAAAACGCAGCUUCAUGACAGUUUUACAUUAGUGAUUAGUUCACUCUGAUUUCCGUAUUAAAGGCCAAUACAUAGGAAUACUUAUUGAGUAGAUAUUCAAUAUAAGCCAUGAGAUUUUUCUUUGUACCUAACCAACCAACAAAUUUAAGUUUAACUCGUUUAAGAACAAACUUUGUAUUAUAAAUAUGCCACGAAUUGUACCAUGAGCAGUUAAACAAAUAUUGUUGAUUAAUAACUAAUUUAUUUAUAUACAGUCAAACUAUCUGAA